CAAUACUUGGCAACCUGAGGACCAAGAAACAAAACCCUGCGCGGGAAAACAAACAGUGCUGGAGAGGAGCAGCUACAUUACAUUACAUCUGAACAAGACACUAAUUUACAGCUCAUCUGCUCUUCUACACAUUCUUUAACCUCAAUAUCAUCUAUUAGAUAUUAGAGAAUCAGCUCUUUGGUCCAGGCUCGGGUAUAUGACGCUGCUCUGGUGUAGUUUAGUGUAGUCCAGUGUACUGUACUGUACUGUAGUGCAGUCGCUGUAGCAGGUUUGGUAAAGGUAGCUCUGCUGGUUUAAAUGCUGUAAUAGAGGUUAUCUAGUUAAAGCUGAGAGGUUAAAUCUGUUUGUUUGGCUGUAAAAAUGAAAGGCAGUAAGGCUGGUAAAUUCCCUGCAGCAGCAGCUCCAGAGGAGGAGUGUGGAGUGUGGCUGGAUGCAGCUGAAUUAAGGACAAAGAAGCAGAAGAAACGUUUGUCUAAACCAAUAUCCAAGCUGCUGAAUCCGCUGGCCCGGUCAGGUGGUUACAGUAUGGCAGUAGCGCUGAACUUUACCCAGACCAAGAUGGAAAUGCCUGCUACAAAACAGAGCACCAUAUCAGCAUUCUUUCAACCUCGUAGUAAAAUGACUAAAGACACAGAAGAGUGUAGUCCUUAUCCUUCAGAGAGUUCUUCUAUUCUAUAUCCUGAGGUGCAUAUGGGGAAUAAACGUAAGCGUGUGGUGAUCACAGAAUCACCUUUGGAACCAGAUAAUAAGGAAACCAGUCACACCUCUCAGGUACGCCCACAGGACUGCGAGGAAGAUUUACAAAGCGAGUCAGAUGAAAACGUCACAGACCAGACAAAAGAGCAGGACUUUUUCCAUUUAAUUUGGGGAUAUGAGUCUGAGGAGCUUGAGCCAGCUGAGAAGAGGAGGCCCACUGAAGAUGAUUAUACUGAAAGUGAAGCAGAAAUGCAAACACGCAAGAAAGCCGUAUUUCAUGGGAUUCAGGACAUCCCUGAGACUUUACUUCACUCAGAACUUCAUUCAGAACAGGUUCAUAUAGAUUCUCAUGAGGAUUAUAAGAACAGCAUAAGGGCCCAACAACAAAUAAAGGACAAGAACAUUUCUAGUCAAAAGCCUGUUUUGACCACAAGAUCAGUGACGGAUAACUUUGGAGAAUACAUAGUGAAACAUCCUCAUAAAGCACUCGAGCUUCCCAAGCAGAAACAUCAGCAUCAUAAUCAUCAUCAUCAUACCCAGUGGUCACCUGUAAAGAGAAAAGAUAAAGAAAAUUGCAGGCCCACUUCCCCCAAACACACCACUGCAUGUUCACCUCUUAAGAUUCUAACAACUUCCAGCCCAGCCAAGAGCAUUUUUCAGAAGGCGAGGCGUAAUCAGUCUCCUAAGAAGUCAAUCAAGGAGUCAUUAGAGAGUGAGCAAGACUCGAUUGCCAUGUUGUUCACUCAAGACUCGGAAGGUUUUCGAGUGAUUGCCAACCGCAGUAAACAGACUAGGUGCCCACUGAAGGACCGAACCAACUCAACUGAAAACAGAGAGAACUGGAACCUGCCGUCUGGAAAGUCUCUGGAAACCGAGGACUCAGAUUCAGAGCCAGAGAUGCUCUUUACUCAGGACUCUCAGGGAAACAUGGUCAUCAAGCACUAAAGAUUGUAAAUGUUGGACUGGACUGGAGUAAUGUGGGCAAGUGUAUUAUGAAAAUAAAAUAAUAAAUUUGUUCAUUUUUAGUAAAAAAAAAAAAAAAAAAAAAAAGUACUAAAAAGCUGCUUUAUUUUAUUUUACUUUAACUUCAAGAAGAGCAAAGACAUCUAAAUAAACAGAAAUCUCAAAACAAAUUCUCUAAGGUAAUGAAACAGAAAUAUUAAACCUUACAAUAAUUUCUUAAUUUCUGUAAAGAAAAGAUUCUGUUUUUAUUAAACUGCUGACCAAUUUCUAGUACUGAGAUCUAAUGAAUCAAAUUUAUACAUACACAAGACAACACUUAUGUUUCUGUUUUUAAAUGAAAUGCACAGUAUUUGUAAUUGUCUAUGUCUGUGCAUUACUUCAAUUCUAUACUUCUUUGAUUGUAGUAGCUCAGAAACUCUGCCGGGGAUAAAUCAAAGUGUUAGACCUGCUUUACAAACCACCAGAUGGCGCCAUGUCCAAAAGCAUUUAAAUCCAAUAAAAAAGUUGUAAAGAAAAA